UUUGUUUAUUAACUAUUAGCUUGUCACAAUUUCCAAGGCUCAUCAUAUUGUUUAGGCCGACAACUUUGGUGUUCAUUUGGAAUAUAUUUCUGAAAUGAAAUUCAGAAAGAAAAAUGUCAGAAUCGAAGGAUCAAAACGUAGAGGAUGCUUCGUCGUGUCCCGGUUUUGGUAACGUUGCUCCCUCAAGCUCGAUGGGUGGAGAAUCCCUAUCGUCCGCUAUCCUUCCGAAUCCAAUCAUAACGAAACGAACAAGAACUCAGUCUAUGUUGGAACUAGCUUUAGACAACCCAGUUGAAAAUGGUGUGAUCAAGAGCUUUUGCAGAGUGAAAGGUCAUGGUUUCAUCAAGAAAAAUGAUGGGGAUGAAAUUUUUGUUCAUGUGUCAGACAUUGAUGGAGAAUAUGUCCCAAGGAUUGGAGAUGAAGUGUCUUUUCGUAAACUUCUGGUGCCACCAAAACUGGAGAAAUUCCAAGCUGUUCAUGUUCAAAUAACAAAUUUUACACCUGAAGUUCAUCAGCGUUGGACAUCAGCCCUCACAGCAGAAGAGAGUCAUGAGGGUUCAAGGCCAACUUCUCCCAGCAGCAUGAACGUAGAUUCAUAGUACUGACUAUAAUUACAUCAACAGUGUCUAAGAUGACAUAGCAGCAGUAUUCUGCAAUUUGCGUUGAAACUCUUCAAAAGCUUUCUGCGGUAUCCUCCCAUUACAUCACUAACAUGCAUGAAGUAUCAAACUUCUUCCAUUUCACUAACAAUUCUUUAAAAUGUGAUUUUUGAUCUUAAAAAUAAUUUAUUUGGUUAGGGAAGUACAAUAUUAAAAUCACAGUACUUCAACAUGUAAGUGAGAAUCAACAAAUCUUUGGGUAGUUAACAUGUUAGAGGCUUAAAUUGCAAUGGUUUGAGUUAUUAACAUGUGCAAUGAGAUUUUGGGGCUUUCUUGCACAAAUUAUUGCUAAGUGAAUAAAAAGACUGUUCAACCGACAA